AUGGCGAAAUACAAUGAAGCGUUACUAAGUAUUAUUCGUCGUGGUUCAAGUAUGUCUGGUAUCGAUAUAGAAACGGCUAACAUUUUAAAUAUCAGUCAUUAUCGAACACCAAGUGUCAAUGCACCAUUUGUUGCACAAUACAUCAUUGAAAAGUUAAAUUUCAGUAAUGAUAAGAGAGAAAAUAUAUUAUCGCCUGUUAUUGGAUGUGGUGCAAUCGGAAAGCGUGUUAUUCAACGAUUAAUUCAUGAAGGGCACACGGUUAUUGUUUAUGGUCCAUCGUUAGCCAAUUGUUUGUCUCGAGCAGAGCCAGAAAAUGUUGCUAGAUCGAAAGGAAUAUUCUGUCAUGAAGGAACCCAUUUUGCUACUUCACCCGAAGAAGCUGUUAAAAAUGUUUAUUACGUUGCUAUUGCUAUUGAUGCUGUAAGUGUGGUGACAACCAGUGGCGGGCUGAGACCCGAAAGUUUGGUAUGGCAAUAAGUCUGGAAAAGUUUUUGCUUGCAAAAAAAUGCUCUGUUUAAGACGUUUUUUUUUGCUAGUCUUGAACGAGUUUCAAUUGCCAUACAAAUUUUUAUUGGUAUGGCAAUUGCCCCAACUGCCCC